AUGGUAAAGGCACCGUGGCAAGAAGUUGCCAAACAGGCACAGUUGCUACGUGACAAGUCGAUUGACCAAAUCCAACCCCCCGUCCCAGAGGUUCCGAGCCCAGCGGAACUGCCUCUGAACGUAACCUCUAUUCCACGGAAGCUGCUGGACGAAGCAGAAUUGAAGAUCACAGAAUCUCCUCCAGAAGAACUGCUAAAGUCUUUGGCAUCGGGCGAGCUGAGCAGCGUCGAUGUCACCACCGCCUUCUUGCGCCGUGCAGGCAUUGCCCAGAAACUGACAAACUGUGUGACGGAGGUACUCCCGCACCAGGCGAUUCAACGGGCCAAGUAUCUGGACGAGUAUCUAGCGACGCAGAAAAAGCCUAUCGGCCCGCUGCACGGCCUCCCCAUCAGCGUCAAAGAGCACAUCGGCAUGAAGGGGCUUACCCACACCGGCGGCUUCGUUGGGUGGUGGGAUCACGUGGCGCCCGAGGACGCCCAUAUUUUGCAGUUACUCCAGAACGCAGGAUGUGUGCUGUACGUGCGGACCACAGAGCCGCAAUGCCUCAUGCACCUGGAGACAUCGAACAACCUUUACGGCGUCACGGUAAACCCGUACAACCGCACCCUGACUCCCGGAGGUAGUUCAGGGGGCGAAGGAGCGCUCAUCGGGCUGAAGGGCAGUCCACUGGGCAUCGGCACCGACAUUGGCGGCAGCAUUCGCGCACCAGCAGCGAAUUGUGGCAUCUGGGGGUUCCGUCCGUCAUCGUACCGGCUUCCGACGGGCGGAUUGACCGCGCCCAUGGCUGGCCAAGAACAGAUUGUCGGUGUGAUCGGACCCCUCAGCGCCAGUUUCGAGGGCUGUCACAUCUUCAUCAAGACCCUGAUCGAUCAGAAACCGUGGCUGGAUGACCCGUCGCUGCUGCCCAUGCCUUGGAAGUUCACCCCAGCCAGCCAGAAAGAGGACAGUGUCGGUGACAGCUAUCUACGCAAACCGGAUGGCUCCAAGAAACUCAAAAUCGGCGUGCUCUGGUCCGACGGCGUCGUCAAGCCGCAUCCGCCCGUCAUCCGCGCGCUGCGUGACCUCACGUCCAAACUGCAAGCCAACAAGUCCGACACCACGAUUGAGUUCGUGGAUUGGCAACCGUACCGCCAUGACCAGGCCUGGGAAAUCAUCUCAAGCCUCUACUUCGCCGACGGGGCCACGCAGGACCGCGCAGCCAUCGCGGAGAGCGGCGAACCCUGGCUACCUCUGACGGAGUUCAUCAUCAACGAACAGCCCGGCGUGCCGAAGCGCGAGUAUUCCAUCUCCGAGGUCUGGCAGCUGACGUUGCAGAGGGAAGAGUACCGCGCCGCAUAUGCCAAAGUGUGGAACGAGUCCUCCAAGGCAAAAGUGUGGGGUGACUCCGCGUCCGCCAAAGACACCACCUCUCCCGGCCCCGAGCAUGACUAUCCGGUAGAUGUCAUCCUCUGCCCUGUCGGUCCCGGUGCCGCGCCGCCGCUCAACCACGCGAGAUACUGGGGCUACACGUCCCAAUGGAACCUGCUGGACUAUCCGGCCAUGGUGUUUCCCGUGACCCAAGUCGAUCCCGCCCUCGACCAGCCCGAGAAGGACUACACGCCGCUCAACGCCCAGGACGAGUGGAAUCACAAGCUCUACUCGCCGGACAAGUAUGUCGAUGCUCCUGUCUCGUUGCAGCUCGUCGGGAGGCGCUAUGAUGAUGAGAAGGUGUUUGAGGCCAUGGAGGUGAUCAAGAGCGUGGUUGGGGGCCAGUUGCCUCUUGAACCGUUCAGAUAG